AUGGACGCAAGAAGAAGGAGAAAGAGGAAUGAGAGCUGCCCGCUGCAGGAAAUAUUCCUCUUUCUUUUUGUGCUAGGGCUCGCCGUUAUUAAGGACGUGGGUGGGUUUAUGGUUUCGACCCUGUGCAAGCGGCCAUGGAGCUGCCCCAGCCAGGAAGCGAAAGAGGCUUUACGACCAUUCGGAUGUCGGGCGCCUUUCAAUCCCAAUUUUCCGUCGACCAGGCUACGAACUUCCCCCUCUUCCUCCCCCACCUCCUCCUCCUCCUCUCACCUAUCCAUCCUCGAACUGCUCAAAGCCACCAUCGGCCUCCAUUCUGGGCCAUGGAGCCUUCCUAUCUCCAACACGAGCGUCGUCCGACUCUCUACGGCGCGCGAGGUGUGGAAUGAGACCGAGCCCUGGCGUCGCUACCCCGUGGGUUUUUCCAGGCCCUCGUCCACCGCCUUCGUUGCCGACCUGGACAAGUGA